CGUCAGCCGGUUGCCAACUCAACAAUCACACGUCAGCAGCAACGUGCACCCGGGACACUAGAUGCGCUGCAGUCAACGACUUGCUGAGUGCGAAUCCAAGGGAACCAAGCCCCAACUGGGACCUCAGACACCUCGGAUCCCGUGCAGACAACGCACGGCCAUGGCUGCAGCAGCCGAUCUCAACAUGCAGGCCAGCCCCUCGAGGCCGGUCACUCCUCCCAUGCCAGUUCGGCGGACAGAUGAACUGCAGCUCGCGUUUCUCGAACGUCGCCAAAAGUACACGGAGACUGCUGCCGCCGAACUGCGCAAGUGGGAAGAAGAAGAGGCCGCUUGCAAGCAGGCGAUUCAACGCCAGCUAGAAGAAGCCGAAGAAGCACGUCAGCAGGCUGCAGCCGAAGCCGCAGCAACGACACGUCUACAACAACGACAGGUCGAGGCCAGUCAGACUCAGGCUCGCUACCAGGCUGCAAUGGACCUCUUAACUGAAGAAUCCACGUACCGCAAUGUCCUUCAACAGCAGCACUUCCGAGCAAUUGAGGAGCAAGAGGAGCCGACCGAGGACGAGAGAAACAGGGAAACCACAACAGUUUUGAUCGAGAACCUGCUGUACACGUGCAAUUGCCAGCAACGUGAACUGCUGGCCAUGCGGCAGAUCUUCAUCCGCCACAAAGGCAUGAUUAAGGCAAUGGACAAGAAGAUCGUGGACCUACAGGCCGCAAACAGCAUACUGCAGGCCGCCGACAGCCAACAGCAAGCCAUCAACGACCGACUGCAGACCUUUGUCAACGCUGGGUUGGCACGACUGUCUGCAGUCGAGUCAACGGGCGGUGCAGUUUCAGACUGCAGCCCAGCUUUGGCAGCUCAAACCAAGCAAUUCGAUGAGUGGAUCAACCACAUCGUCGCAUCGCUUGGCAACAUCAGCAAGUUUGCUAGAGCAUCAACAGCAGUCAGCUGCAGACGCUCAACGACCAAGUUCAACAACGAGCAGCUGCUGUCAUCAAGAAUGGAAGAUGCCGAACUUCAAGAUCGAGAAGUUCGAUGAUUACCAUAAGACUGAUCCGCUGCAAUGGUUGAUGGCAUUCAAUGCGGAGGCCGACGUACGUCAUACCCCGCCU